AAAUCUACAACUUCUUUCCUUUCUAUAUAUAUAGCUACCACUCUUUCUAUCCUAUCUCACAAUUCACAUAGCAUUUCUCUAUUAAGACUUCAUAUAAUUCAUCACACAACUUACCUUCAUCUCAUAUUUGUCUCUUAUCUUAGAAAGUAUACAUGGCUGAUAGGUACUCCCAGUUGAACGGUGCCUUCUAUGGCCCCGCCAUACCACCGACGACGGAGCAAAGCCGCUCUAGCUACCACCGUGAUAGAAGCUGUUGUGGUUGUCUCUUUAGCAUCUUAUGGAAGAUUGUUGUCGCACUCGCGAUUCUCUUUGGUCUUAUAAUAGUUAUCUUUUAUCUCAUUGUUCAACCCCGCGCCUUUAAGUUCUAUGUCACGAAAGCUCAACUAACCCAAUUUGAUUACACCAACAACACACUACACUACAACAUGGUGCUCAAUUUCACAGCCCGCAACCCAAACAAAAAACUCGGUAUAUAUUAUGAUGAUGUGGAGGCUCGAGCAUUUUAUGAAGGGUCGAGGUUUGCUAUUGUUGAUGUGAUCACAUUCAAGAACUCGUUCCGCCAAGACAAGAAGAGAAGUGAUCCUAUGAGUGGCGUUUUCUCAGGACAACAAUUGUUGAUGCUCGACAAUGAUCAAGUAUCAAAGUUCAACAAAGACCAAAUUAUUGGAAUUUAUGAUAUUCGUGUGAAGCUCUACUUCAGGAUUAGAUUCAAACUUGGAGACUCAAUAUCUAGCAAUUACAAGCCCAAGGUUAAAUGCGAUCUCAAUAUUCCCUUGAAUUCUAGUAAUGCCCCGACUAUCUUCAACCGAGUUGUGCCCAACAAGUGCCGCGUUGAAUUCUAGGUUAUCAACAUGCAACUUCUUGUGAUUGCAUUUGAAUUUAUACAUCUUUUAACCCAUUAAUUUAAAUUUGGGGUACUAUUUUACCCCCCCUUUUUUAUGUAUAUGAUCCGAAUAAUUGGGACAAUAUUUGUUUUUUUUUUUAUUGAUUCUUUGAUUGUAUGAUAUGAUCUUCGUACCAUCCAUUGAAUAUACUCUGUUACUUGAGAA